AUGCCAUCAAACUCAUCGACUCUUAAUCAUCGGAGCAGGCCCUCUACCAUUCUCUUCGCCUUUGGCGUCUUCGCGCAGGUCGCGUUGCUUUCCUGCAUCUUCUGGACUUACACUAGCUAUGGCAACCCCCGUGAGCCGACCGCCUUAGCGGAAACCACAACUAAGACAUCAUCAAGACCAAACGGCUUCACUCUGCGCCACCUUUUGGAUCACGGCGCUGGACAACCUGGGCCACGAGCACGAAGAUUCGAUGUGACUCCAGAGCGGUUUGCCGUUGCUGGUAUCGACUCCCGCAUCGGGCCCUUCACUAUCAAGUCGGCACCAGUCAAGAUAGAAAGGCCCGCGUUACGUGGCUACGAUGCACAGAUCCCCAUGUCGCCCAUGUGGAUCGCCGAGGAUAUUCCGGGUCCGGAUGUCACGGACAAGAACACCGUUAUCAGUUUCGCAAACAUGUCCGAAGAUGCUUACAAAGUCGGCCCUGACGAUGCAGGAUGGAUGGACGUCGAUGGGCAUUACAACUCGUCGGUCCCUUUUGGCUGGGAUGACAGUGGCAUCCGAGGCCAUGUGUUCAGCGACGACACUAACUCCACCAUCAUUCUGGCGGUAAAGGGAACGACGGUAGCCAUGUUCGAAGGCGACGGAACGUCCGUGCACGACAAAGAGAACGACAACCUGUACGGCUCUUGCUGUUGCGGCCAGGGCGGCACAUAUCUUUGGCGCAAGGUAUGCGACUGCCAGACUGGCACCUACAGCUGCGACGAGCAAUGCGUCAAGAACGAGUUACGGAAGCCGAACAGGUACUAUGCCGCAACUGUCGAGCUGUAUCAGGAGGUUGUCAAAAUCUAUCCGGAUGCACACAUCAUGACGACAGGGCACAGUCUAGGAGGCGUCCUCGCUUCUCUGAUCGGCCUGCAGCACGGUAUCCCCGCGGUGACGUUUGAAGCAUACCCACAAGCCUUAGCAGCUAAGCGCUUAGGACUACCAGCUGCUGGUGACGUUGCUCCACUCAGGAAGAAUACAGGUGGCUUCCAUUUCGGGCACACCGCUGACCCCGUGUACAUGGGAACUUGCAACGGUGCGACGAGUUUCUGCUCUAUUGGCGGAUACGCCUUUGAGACCCUUUGCCAUACCGGAAAGAAGUGUGCAUACGACGUGGUCAAAGACUGGGGUUGGAGGCAGAACACACAGACACACAGCCUUAGAUACGCCAUUGACAACGUGUACAUGAAGUACGACGAGGCAGCAAAAUGCCAAGAAGAGGAUGUUGGUUUUCGAGAACGGGACGAAAACCACGACAACGAGUACUUCUACAACACCAACAAGUACCACAUCAUCGAGGACGCGGACGGAGACAUGUAA